AAUCUUACACGGACGCUGAAGUGUAGGAGCAAGGGGGCCAGGGGCGCCUUCCAACAUCGCUGUUUUCUCAACUUUACACUCGAAACUUAAAUUAAGCAAUAUUCACGUAGUUGUAACUUCAACAAGUUAGUUUCAUUGUGGAGAUCUAACCGGAUCUUCAGAGAAAAUGUCAACUUCAGACGAGGCGGACGGGCUCCGGCCGCGGUAUGGGUCUGUCCUGGAUGGAGUGGAGCGCCUCACGGCGGAGGAGAUGGACGAGCGACGCCAGCAGAACAUGGCGUAUGAGUACCUCUGCCACUUGGAGGAGGCCAAACGGUGGAUGGAGGCGUGUCUGGACGAGGAGCUGCCCCCCACCACAGAGCUGGAGGAGGGGCUGCGAAACGGGGUGUACCUGGCCAAGCUGGGCAACUUCUUUGCCCCGCGGGUGGUCUCCCUCAAGAAGAUCUACGACCGCGAGCAGACGCGCUACAAGGCCACUGGGCUCCAUUUCAGACACACGGACAACGUGAUCCAGUGGCUGAACGCCAUGACGGAGAAAGGACUGCCCAAGAUCUUCUACCCUGAAACAACAGACAUCUAUGACAGGAAGAACAUGCCUCGCUGUAUCUACUGUAUCCAUGCGCUCAGUCUGUACCUCUUCAAGCUUGGACUGGCCCCGCAGAUCCAGGACCUGUACGGCAAGGUGGAUUUCACAGAGGAGGAGAUCAACAACAUGAAGAGCGAGCUGGAGAAGUAUGGCAUUCAGAUGCCCGCCUUCAGCAAGAUUGGCGGCAUCCUGGCCAAUGAGCUGUCAGUAGAUGAAGCAGCCUUGCACGCCGCUGUUAUCGCCAUCAAUGAUGCCAUCGACCACGGAGUCGCGGAGGGCACGCUGGCGGCCAUGCGCAACCCCAACGCCAUGCUGGUGAACAUCGACGACAGCUCCGCCCAGCACUACCAGGACACACUGUUCCAGGCCAAGUCCGAGAAAGUGGCCAACGCCCGAAAGCGGAUUGGAGAGAACUCUGAAGCAGAGAGGGAUGUUUAUGAAGAGCUGCUCACCCAGGCAGAGAUCCAGGGCAACGUGAACAAGGUCAACGUGGCGAACGCCCUGGCGUCCACGGAGCAGGCCCUGCUCAGCGGUGAUGAGGACAGGCUCUACGAUGCACUCCGGUCCCAGGCUUUGGGCCUGCGCUCUCUGCAGGCCCAGAACAAGGGCUGGUAUCUCAAACAGCUGAUGGCUGAUCGGGAGAACAAGGAACAGAAUUCUCCUGGGGAGCCACUGACAAAGGAUGAACUACAGAGCGGGGUGGACCUAGCUAAUGAAGAUGCUGCUAGCUACCAGAAAAUGCUGCAGGCUGUAGAGAGGAUCAACACUGCCAUCAGGGCCGGGGUGGCGGAGAACACGGUGGCGGAGCUGAUGAACCCGGAUGCCCGGCUGCCGCAGGUCUACCCCAGCGCCGCCGAGCUCUACCAGCAGGAGCUGGCCAGCCUGCAGCAGCAGAGCGCAGAGGGCUCCCUCACACACCCGGAGCUGCUGGUUGCCGUGGAGAUGCUGUCGUCGGUGGUGCUGAUCAACGGGGCGCUGGAUGUGGGGGACCGGGCGGCCGUGUGGAGGCAGCUGGGCAGUCCGGUCACAGGACUGAGCAACGUGGAGGAUGAGUACGCCCAGAGGUACAUGGACGAGCUGAUGCGCCUGAAGGCGGCGGCGCGGGAGGAGGGCAGUGAGUACCUGACCUGGAACGACAUUCAGGCAUGUGUGGACCAGGUCAACACGACCGUGCAGGAGGAGCACGAGAGGAUCGUGGCCAUCGGGCAGAUCAACGAGGCCCUGGACGAGGGAGACGUGCAGAAGACGCUGGCUGCGCUGCAGCACCCGGCGGCCAAGCUGACAGACGUGGACCCCCUCGUGGCGCAGCACUACUAUGACAAGCUGCUGGAGGCGCGGCGGGAGAAAGCCCAUGAGACCCAGGACCCCUCAGCUGUGCUGUGGUUGGACGAGAUCCAGGGCACGGUGCUGAACUCCAACAAGGACACCCAGGAGGCCCUGCAGUUCUCUCAGGCCAUCCUGGCCAUCAACGAGGCGGUGGACAGCGGCGAGCCGGCCCAGACGCUGGCCGCCCUGCGCAGCCCCGGCGCUGGGCUGUACGGCGUCACCGCCGAGUGCGCCCAGACCUACCAGGACGACCUGGCCAAGAUCAAGAACACCAAGAAGGAGAAGGGUGACAAUAACAGCGAGUGGGUCAAGCACUGGGUGAAGGGAGGACACAACUACUACUUCAACCUGAAGACGGGGGAGGGCACCUGGGAGGAGCCGGCCAGCUUCGUCCCCAACAACACCCAGCUCAACAAGGAGGAGAUCCAGUCUGUGGUGUCGGGAGUGACCACCGCCUAUAACCGCGAGCAGCUGUGGCUGGCCAACGAGAGUCUGAUUGCCAAGCUGCAGGCUCGCUGCAGAGGGUACCUGGUGAGGAAUGGCCUGAAGGAGCGCCUCAGCUUCCUGAAGGAGCAGGACCCGGCCAUCACCUGCAUACAGGCCCAUUGGAGAGGCUACAAGCAGAGGAAGAACUUCAAGAACAGGAAGCAGUACCUGAAGGACCACACCGAUGACGCCGUCAAGAUUCAAGCAAUGGUGAGGAUGCAUCAGGCCAGGAAGAAGUAUAAAGACCGUCUCAAGUACUUCAAAGACCACAUGGACGAAAUUGUGAAAAUCCAGGCGUUCAUCCGAGCCAACAAGGCCAGGGACGACUACAAAACCCUGAUCAACGCGGACAACCCGCCCAUGGCGGUGGUGCGGAAGUUCGUCCACCUGCUGGACCACAGCGACCAGGACUUCCAGGAGGAGCUGGAGCUAAUGAGGCUGCGGGAAGAGGUGGUGACCAACAUCCGCUCCAACCAGCAGCUGGAGAACGACCUCAACCUCAUGGACAUCAAGAUCGGCCUGCUGGUGAAGAACAAGAUCACACUGCAGGAGGUGGUCUCCCACAGCAAGAAGCUGACCAAGAAGAACAAGGGCGAGCUGUCCAACCUGAUGAUGAUGAACAAGCAGAAGGGCGGCCUCAAGGCCCUGAGCAAGGAGAAGAGGGACAAGCUGGAGGCCUACCAGUACCUCUUCUACCUGCUGCAGACAAACCCCACCUACUUGGCCAAGCUGAUCUUCCAGAUGCCCCAGAACAAGUCCACCAAGUUCAUGGACUCUGUGAUUUUCACCCUGUACAACUACGCGUCCAACCAGCGCGAGGAAUACCUGCUGCUCAAGCUCUUUAAGACAGCUCUGCAGGAGGAGAUCAAAUCUAAAGUGGAUCAGAUCCAGGAGAUCGUCACCGGCAACCCCACUGUCAUCAAGAUGGUGGUGAGCUUCAACAGGGGGGCCCGCGGUCAGAAUGCUCUGCGGCAAAUCCUGGCCCCCGUGGUCAAGGAAAUCAUGGACGACAAGACGCUGAACAUCAAGACCGACCCCGUGGACAUCUACAAGAGCUGGGUGAACCAGAUGGAGUCGCAGACCGGCGAAGCCAGUAAACUGCCAUACGACGUGACCCCAGAGCAGGCCAUGAGUCACGAGGAGGUCCGAAACCGACUGGAGGCCUCCAUCACUCACAUGAGGAGCGUCACUGACAAGUUCAUGUCCGCUAUCAUCGUCUCUGUCGACAAAAUCCCGUACGGGAUGCGCUUCAUUGCCAAGGUGCUGAAAGACACGCUGAACGAGAAGUUCCCGGAUGCCACAGAGGACGAGCUUCUUAAGAUUGUGGGGAACCUGCUGUACUACCGCUACAUGAACCCUGCCAUCGUGGCGCCCGACGCCUUCGACAUCAUCGACAUGUCGGCCGGAGGUCAGCUGACCACCGACCAGCGGCGGAACCUGGGCUCCAUCGCCAAAAUGCUGCAGCAUGCCGCCUCCAACAAGAUGUUCCUGGGGGACAACGCCCACCUAAACCCCAUCAACGAGUACCUCAGCAACUCUUACCAGAAGUUCAGGCGUUUCCUGCUGGCAGCCUGUGACGUCCCCUCGCUGGAGGAGAAGUUCAACGUGGACGAGUACUCUGACCUGGUGACCCUCACCAAGCCCAUCAUCUACAUCUCCAUCGGCGAGAUCAUCAACACGCACACGCUCCUGCUUGACCAUCAGGAUGCCAUCGCCCCGGAUCAUAACGACCCCAUCCACGAACUGCUGGAGGACCUGGGAGAGGUGCCCACCAUCGAGUCACUCAUUGGUGAAAACCCUCUGCCCCCUGAUGACCCCAACAAGGAGAUGAUGGGCAAGACGGAGGUGUCCCUCACCCUGACCAACAAGUUUGACGUUCCUGGUGAAGAAAACGCAGAGAUGGACGCCAGAACCCUGCUCCUAAACACCAAACGGCUGAUUGUGGACGUGAUCCGGUUCCAGCCGGGAGACACGCUCACCGAGAUCCUGGAAUCCCCCGCCACUCAGGAGCAGGAAGUGGAGUACCAGCGGGCCAUGCAGAGACGGGCCAUCCGCGACGCCAAGACUCCGGAGAAGAUGAAGCAGUCCAAGCCGGUGGUGGACGACAGCCUGACCCUGCAGGGCAAGAAGGACAAGAUCAAAAGCAGCCUUCAGCGCCUGGCCGAGCUGGGCAAGGUCCACCCAGAGAACCGCUACCAAGACCUCAUCAACGACAUCGCCAAGGAUAUCAGAAACCAGCGAAGGUAUAGACAGCGGAGGAAGGCGGAGCUGGUGAAGCUUCAGCAGACCAACGCUGCCCUCAACUCCAAGACCACCUUCUACAACGUGCAGAUUGACUACUACAACCAGUACAUCAAGACGUGCAUGGACAACCUGGCCAGCAAAGGAAAGGUGUCGAAGAAGCCAGGCGAGGCCAAGGCCAAGAAGAGCAAGCAGGUGUCCCAGAAGUACACAGCUGCCAGGCUGCACGAGAAGGGCGUCCUUAUCGAGAUUGAGGACCUGCAGACGAACCAGUUCAAGAACGUCAUCUUCGAGAUCUCGCCGUCGGAGGUGGUGGGGGUGUUCGAUGUGAAGGCUAAGUUCAUGGGAGUGCAUUUGGAGACGCUAAUGUUGGAGUACCAGGACCUCCUGCAGCUACAGUACGAGGGAGUGGCAGUGAUGAAGCUCUUCGACAGGGCCACCGUCAACGUCAACCUGCUCAUCUUCCUGCUCAACAAGAAGUUCUACGGCAAAUAGAGAAACAGACUGAGAGAGGGGCUUCAGACGCCGCUUGAAAAAAAUAAAGAAUUCCCAUUGUACACACCCAAGAGACACCCUUACAGCACCACCCCCUUCCUUUCAACCACAAAAGGAAUCCCUUUAUCGCAAUACCCUUAAUAUGCCUGUGCAGCAUCUUUUUACUGCCUUAUUAUCUGAGAAAAAAAUGGCCGCAAGCUUUCAUCCAGUGCCAAGUGCCAAGCAGUGGAGGCACAUACUGUAAUGGGGCAAAUGGAGUGAAGCCCAUGGAAUCCAGUGUCCUCACGCUUAACGUGUUUGGGUUUAGCAGCUCACAGGUCAGAAGGAAGGGCUUUCCUUUUUAGCUGCCUCGGGAGUCAUUGCAAAUUGCUUGCAUGAGCUUCUUUCGCUUGUGGAAACCCGUGUCCCUUGCAAAGGGCAGGUCUUGCGCUCCUCUGUCUGUUGACCUUUGACCUUUGUCAGUACAGUCUGCCAUCCUGCCUGUCAGUCAGAGAGCCCCUUGUGCAGCGAGACUACCAUGACUCCCCAUAUCAGCAGACGAUGAAGACUUAUGCCUCCUCUGCUUCUGUGCACCGCAACGGGACACAUUCCAUACUUUGAGACAGAGGGGAAUCUCCCUGUAGUGAAAUGUAGUCCUUUGAUAAACGCCUAGUUGCUUUCUUUAGGGGGUCUGCCCCAGAAACGUUGAAGCCAGGUGCUCUGUCUCCUCUGUCCUCUUUCUGCAAACAGUCCUCCGCUGUCCUUGUUCCCGUUCCAGUUCCUGCUCUGUCCCUGUUCUUCAGUGAAGGGGGGACUCCAGGGACAAAAGAAGGACUUUGCUCCAAGCACUCUAAUGUCACCGAACGCAGCGUUUUAUCAGCAUUUUGCAUGUUUGUUUUUGACAUAUUAAUUAUUUGUUUGAAGUUUGUUGUCUGUCGUUUUUGUAUUUCAUCGCCCCACGUCCUGGAUGACCUGCAGUGGGGGGAGGGGCGGGGAGGGGUUAAACACUUUGGUCAUUUUUAUGGCCCCUUCAGAGAGUUUCAAAGUUUCUGUCAGGGACGGAUUGUGGUGUGCGCAGGAACGGGUUCCACAGACCCAAACCAGGUUCCUGUGGCAGAGGAGCCAAGCUGUACAGGGGGGAUUCCUCCCCUCUCCAGCACAGCGCCAAACUGAGAUUACCAGCAGCAACGUGUAAAGGGGUGGAGCAACAACAAAAGAAAUAAAUCUUCUAAAACAAAGCUGGCGUUCCUGGCACAGGAGGUGGUCUCCCGGAGCCUUACCAGCCACCCAAAAAAAACAAACAAGCAAAUGGCUCUAGGACACAAUUUGGUUGAUCUGAGUUGAUUAGAGUAAUGUUACUUUAGCACUGAUUCAGAACUCAAUUCCAAAUUCGAGGUGUGUGUCUGGGAACAGUCAAGGCAGAGCCAGGCUUCAAAUUCCAGCGCUGUAAAGCCAAUCAUGUUUUUGCAUACUGUAUUAAAUAAAUAAAACACAUUCCAUAUUGAUGUAUUGAGUUUUUUAUUGGUCCUCCAGAUUAUUUAACAUAAUGAGUUUUGAGAAGGCAGAAAAGAGCAGAAAUUACGCUAAUCGAAAACAGCUGUUUCAGUGUUAUAGUACAGUUUUCACCAGUGACAUAACACUAUCCGGUUUACUGUAGUUCUGUACCUGUCCGCUUAACUACUCUUCUGGCAGAAACCAAGUCAUCUUCCUGCUCAGACAGUUUCAAAGGGAACAAUGCCAGAACGAUCAGUAGUAUCAUAAAGCAAUACGUGCACUAUGCAUUUCAGUCCACCAGGUGUCACUGUGUGUAGUAUUUAUCAAAAAAGGAAACUCACUCUGAAGUGUUGGCAUUCAAAUAGAUAAUGAAUGGUCUCCUGGCACUAAGCCUAGCUGAUUGUACUGCUCUUUUAUACAUGUAUAAUCAGAGGUGUGUAUAUUUUGUCCAGCAAACCCCGAGUCAGCUCAGUAUCAGCACCAGGCCUCUGCUUCCACAGGAUGUAGUGAUUCGUAAGAAAAUGUUUUGUUCGUUUGUGCUGUUUUUACAUUAUUACAUGGAAUGUCUCUCAAGUAUGUUUAUUUUACAGUAAAGCUUUAACAGUACCAAAUAAAGUACAGUCCUGAAACAGC